AGGUAAACAACCCCGCCUCGUUGUGACGCUCCUGCGAGGGAGAGGAAAGGCCCGCCCUCCGGCCUCCCUGCCCGCCCUGCCCUUGGGAAGAGCCAGGCCCCUCCGGGGAAGGAAGGAAGGCAGGCAAGCAAGCAAGCAAGCAGGCAGGCAGCCAGCCAUGAAGCCCAGCAAGGAGGCCGGAGCCGCAGACCCUUGGAAGGAGUGCCUGGAGGCGGCCGUGGAGCUGGCGCGGAAGGCGGGCAAGAUCAUUAAGAAUGCUCUCACUGAGGAAAAGAAGGUGUCCACCAAAACCUCUGCAGCAGAUCUUGUGACAGAAACGGAUCACUUCGUGGAAAACUUAAUUGUUUCUGCUCUGAAAGAGAAGUUUCCCUCUCACAAGUUUAUUGCUGAAGAAGCUACUGCUGCUGGUUCACAGUGCAUCCUCAAUGACAGUCCUACCUGGAUCAUUGAUCCUGUUGAUGGCACCUGUAAUUUUGUUCAUCGAUUUCCGACUGUAGCUGUUAGUAUUGGAUUUGCUGUUAACAAAGAGCUUGAAUUUGGUGUAAUUUAUCACUGCACUGAAGAACGGUUAUACACUGGUAGAAGAGGUCAAGGGGCAUAUUGUAAUGACAAAAGGCUACAGGUAUCGAAAGUGACAGACAUCUCAAAGGCCUUGAUUUUAACAGAGAUUGGCCCAAAGCGUGAUCCUGACACUUUGAAAGUAUUUCUUAGUAACAUGGAGAGAUUGCUCAGGGCCCAAGCUCACGGGGUGCGGGUGAUUGGAAGUGCUACCUUAGCCCUCUGCCAUCUAGCGUCUGGUGCUGCAGAUGCUUAUUACCAGUUUGGCUUGCACUGCUGGGAUUUGGCAGCAGCUACUGUGAUUAUCAGAGAGGCAGGUGGUGUUGUGAUAGAUACGUCAGGUGGUCCUCUAGACCUAAUGUCAUGCCGGGUCAUUGCAGCAGGUACCCAGGAAAUGGCUACAUUUAUAGCUCAGGAAAUACAGACAAUUCACUACAGGAGAGAUGAUGAGAAUUGACAAGACUUGAAUAUUUCAGAAAUCAACAGAAAACCUGCCAUUUUGGAGCAAUUUUCUCUUCCUUCAAGAUGGAUUGCCUAUAGGGUAACUGGCUUAGUAGUGUGUUUUCCUGUACAGUCUAUAUAGCAAAUGUAUUAAGAAGAGGUUUUAAUUGUGUUAUAGGAAGGUGAAGGGAAACUUUUAAUUUUUGUAUGCCAACUGGUCCCCUUUUAGUAAGAUUUUUUUUCCAGCUAUUCUUUUUUUUCAAUGUUGUAGAUAUCCCAGAUUGAGUUGCUUAGUUACCUUUUUGAGACUGAAAUAGAAAUGGCAUUUUUGUUACAAACCAGAAACAACCCUUUAUUUUUGCAGAACUCAGGUAAACUAGUUUUUUGUCCCACAGCAAGGGACAAACAGUUUUAAAAUGUGUGCCUAAAUUACCCUCAGCUUAACCAUACUUGAGAGAAAAAAAUAUUAUUCUUGUCUAAAGUUAGAAGUACAUUUAUUGAAAAUAUCUUUAGAUAUUUACAUUUAUUUAUAUGGUACACGCAAGAGUGAUAACGGUACAUAUCCUUGAAUUGUGUAUUGUCCUUGUGUAAAUAAUGACGCAAAUGUUUUUAAUGCUGAUCAGAAGGUAAAAGGGGGCUAUUUCCCCACAAAAAAAUCUUGAUUCUAGGAGCAAAACAAAAUAUUUGCAAUUUUAAUGAUAUCAUCUGAAAAAAAUCAUAAGGAAGAGAAGGACAAAAUGUAGGAUGAUAAACCUGAUGAAUUUCAAAGGUAGAUCAGCAAGCAUAUUACGCUGGUAAUAGGAUCAGUAAAAAGUUUUUUUCUUCUCAAAUUAAGUUACUGUAUUCACAAAAGUGUGAGGGGAAAGCACAAGUAGAUGCUUUACGUAUUCUCAAUGACGUUUCAUUCUAUAAACGUAUGUAUUUUCCUGAAUCAGUGUUUUACAUCCAGAUUUCGAUGAUGGACCAUAGGGUUCAUAUCAGAAACAAAGGCGACCCCACUAGCCUGCCCACAUCUAUAACAGGAUGCCAAAAUUCACGAAGUACCAUUCAUUAUUGUGGGUUAGAUAGAAUAUUAGCAGAAAAGAGUCUUGCAGCUCUUUAAAUAGUAUUCUUAACUCAUAAUGGGAGAUAUAUUUAAAGGACUGAAGAGGCUCAUCUAACAAAUACAGGCAUACCUCAGCUAACAAAGCCUCUGAAAAUGAAGCUCCUUUUUACAAAGUCUUCCUCUCUCCUCUCGGCCCCUCCCCUUUUCCUUCUCAUCCUCUGAGUAGCUGGAAUGUUUAGCAGCAUUAGUAUUGAGGGGAUGGUGGAGAAGGGCUGGAGGAACAGUGCAUGGUAUUGUUUUGCAACAGUGUGCCAAAUGCGAUAAUUGGGCAGUUCUCUAGAUCUAUGUGCUUCUCUUCCAGAAGCCAGGCAAAUAGCAAAAUCCCUUAGUGAGUAUGCAGGAGCAGCAGUAAAGAGACAAAAGGGGAAAACAGAUAACCAGGUCCUCCAAGCAUGUUAAAAGCCAUAGAUUUAUUGUGUGGAAAUAAUAAAGAAGAUGGAGAAUGGUAAAAGGGGGAAAAAUAAUCCCUCGAUGCAUUUCAGAAAAACCUUUCCGGUGGUCUUUAGAAAAUUUGCAAAACUUUUGUUUAGUUGUGCAACCCUUACUGGACCUCAGUGUUUCAUUUCACACAUACACAUUGUCAAUUGUGGAUAAAUUGUUUGCUGAAACACAUUCAGCUGUUAUACAUUUUUAUGUGAUAAGAACCUAUGCUUUCCAUGUUAUUUUUGCCUUUAGUAUCAGAUUUUCUGUUAAAGAUUUAAUGCCUAGAAAUGCAUCUACUUCGUUAUGUCAUUAAAAUGCCCUGCUUUGAGAGCUUUUUAUUGCUGCUAGAGCCGUGGGACCAGACCUUGCUUGGCCAAUUGACAUGUUUAGACUUAGUUGUGAUAAAUAGUCAAGAUCUGGCUGGUCUGUAGAAGCUACGAUGGGAUAUAUGACUGAAUGAUCAUCUAUUCCAAAAGACAGAAAUCCCUCAAUAUAGAAAAGAAGCAUGUCAAGAAAGGAUUUUUAACCUGGUCUGUUCCUUUGAGAUACCAGUUUUCCAUCAAUGUGGUGGAUUAUUCAAUCAAUAAACCAAUAUCUGCAGUUCCAACUUGUGCAGACAGGGAAAUAUUUCCCAUCUUGUCUGGUGUUUGUAUUCGUUCUCAGAAUGACGUGAGCUACUGUUCUUCACAAUAACUAUAGGAGUUAAAUGGUGCUGCUGAUUUUCAAUAUCUACCCAGAUAUGAGGACAUUAGCUCUGAUGUAGCCUCUUGUUUGUGUCCACUUUUUUCCUAGGUCUCCUAGUUCUAAAUGUAGUACCACUGAAACAAACAAUACUUCAAAUAAAUAUAUAGUGUUUAGCAGUGGUUCUCAUCCUAUGGGUCCCCAGGUGUUUUGGCCUACAACUCCCAGAAAUCCCAGCCAGUUUACCAGCUGUUAGGAUUUCUGGGAGUUGAAGGCCAAAACAUCUGGGGGCCCACAGGCUGAGAACCACUGCGCAAGAGUCUCGGACAGUUGGCAUAAUAUGUAAACUUGGGACAAAAUGCUUCCAAAGAAAUACAACCUCUUCCCUUUUAAGUAGGUAGAGUUGUAUUUUCUAAGAGGUUCUUCCUGCUCUACUUGACAAGACAGGCAUUCAGAGCCAAGAAAGAUAAGAAUAUUGAAAGAGGUGAUUUGGAGAAGGUCAUAAUGCUGCAUGUUGUUUUGAACACUUUUAUGUGUUAAUUGAAAAAGUAUUUUGCAAAUACAAGGUUAGGGCAUUGCUGGAAUUAGUGGUGUUUCUGUAAUGUUCAGUAAUCUUUGAAAAGCAGUGUUGUAUUUGAUUCACCAUUCCAUGUGGAAGUUAUAAUCAUAAUAUUGUAUUAUAAAUGUCUUACCAAAAUUCAGCCCUUUGACAGGGGCACUGUCACUCAUUGCUAACUAUACUACAAAAAUAUCCAGGUGCCUAUAAAUUGCUUUGUUAGUCCUGUUCCACAGAGUAAUACAGUGCGAUGAAUGUGUUAGCUUUGCGAAAUGUCUCUUUUUCCUAAGUAUUAUUAUUUGAGUGCUUAGGAAAUGUGAUGUCUCCAGACAGAAGUUAAAACUUCGAAGAAAGACACAAAGAAUGUGUGCAUUGAGCCAGCUAUGCAGAAAGAGCCUAAAAGUAUGUGUAUAUAUUUAUAUAUGCAAAAGACUGUCAUCAGUUUCCUAAGCUGGUAACUUGUUUUGUUUUUAAAGGGAUUUUUAAAGCCUUUGGUUUGGGUGCAGUUAGUGGGGUGAGGACAAACUCUAAACCUCAUUGUGCCAAUGCUUAAAAGCUCAUGUCGUACUUGAACACUGAUCCUUGCUCAUAAUUGACCUUUUAGCUUAAAGGAAUGCCAUUUCCUUUGCUUCUAUUCCUUUGCCAGCUAGAGCAGGUUUGGGAAAACUUUGGUCCUCCAGGUGUUUGGACUUCAACUCCCACAAUUAGGAAUUGUGGGAGUUGAAGUCCAAAACACCUGGAGAGUCGAAGUUUGCCCAUGCCUGAGAUAGUGGGUAGCAGAAUUUUAACAAAUAGGAAAUAGAUCACAGUGUUUCCUAUUAUUGCAGCUGCUAUGAAAAAUCUGUGGCUGCUCAAUUUCUUCUCUUUCUGUAGUCUUUAAGAUAUACACCCUUAGACGACAAAGCUAGUCGUUCCAACAGCUACGACACUAGAAGUUUUCAAACAAAUGCUGUGCCAAUAAACAAUUACAAUAGGAUCAUAAACUGUGAUACACUGCUGUCGCACAAAUAUAUAAAAUUUCUGUACAUUUAACUGAUGCUUGCUUAAUAGUAUUUAGAAUUUAUACAGCACUUCAGAAUGUCCAGAAUUUAGCAUUUAUAUAGCAUUUACCAUAUAUUAUCUUUAAAAUGUGGUAAAAGUACUAACAGGAAGUCAGGUUCGUUGCUGUAUUGAAAAUUGGGGUGCAGUGCUAAAGCUGUGAGAAUAUGACUUGUCUAAUUGUUAUUAUUAUUAUGACUAAGGCCAACAAGGAAACUCACAGCAGAAGCUAAAGGCAAACUAGACAUCCCUGACUGGUAACUCAAUACAGGUUGAGUAGCACAGAGAUAUCUUAGAGAUGGGACUCAGUUCCCAACAUUAAAUUCAUGUAUGUUUCAUAAAUACCUUAUAUGCAUAGCUUGAAGGUAAUUUUAUACAAUAUUUUAAAUAAUUUUGUGCCUGAAACCAAGUUGGUGUACAUCGGAAAGUGUAUAUCUCAGCCACUAUGUGAACAAAUUUGGAUUGUGGAGCAUCUGGGCAAAUGAUGUAUCUAAAGAUCAAGCAACAUGUUUUAUUAUAUACAUCAAGGCUCAAAACAAAUGUUUUAUAAUGGUUCAUAAAGAAGUGUGGCGGUGCCAGUAGGAAUUUGGGGAGGAAAUACAAGGCUUAGAUAUUAGUUUCACUGCAAAUAAAAGAUCUCACACAACACAAGUAGCUACCAAACAGACAUGAGGCUGGAGACUGAGGAUCUGAGCGAAAAAGUAGAAGUGUCACAACCACAUAAUAAUAUACUUUAUUUUUAUUCCUCCCUUCUCCCCCAGGGGACUCAGAGAGGAUUACAGCAUUUACAUACAUAGACAUUCAUGCCUUUUCAUAUACAGUGAGACACACAAACAAAAGCAGAGGCUUCUCCUUUCAUUUCCAGCUUCUGGAGGCAGUUCUCAUCUCUGGCUCUGGGGAGGUGCUUUUUCUAUUUUCAAGCUGAGUAGCCUGUGUUGUCACAUCCUGCUUGUGUGGCCAGCUAGAUUGCUUGGAGUGUCUCUGCCUUUUCCUGCCAAAGUGGUACCUAUUUAUCUCCUCACAUUUGCAUGUUUUCAAACUGCAAGGUUGGCAUGAGCUGGAGCUGACAGGUGGGAGCUCACCCUGUGUCACGGAUUCGAACUGCCAACUGCAGAUCUGCAGUUCAGCCAACCUUCAGGUCAGUAGUUCAGCAGCACAAGAGUUUAACUCAGUGGUUUUCAACCUGUGGGUCCCCAGAUGUUUUGGCCUUCAACUCCCAGAAGUCCUAACAGCUGGUAAAUUAGCUGAGAUUUCUGGGAAUUGUAGGCCAAAACACCUGGGGACCCACAAGUUGAAAACCCCUGGUUUAACCCAUUGUGCCACCACAGCUUCAAAUGGCAAAAGCAAGUGGCAAAAAGAGAGAGAGACUCCAAUACAGAUAUUUCAAAAUCCCCCGUAAUACAGGACACUUUCUGGUCCCAGGCAUUUCAAAUAAAUAAUAUCCAACCUGUAAUCUUAGUAAAUGUGUUAUUAUAAUCAGUGUGCAUUUGGCAUUUUUAAAGAAUUUGGACUGAUAGUGGGAAAAUAUAUAUCCACAGCACCAGUAAUGGUGCUAUAAUUGUAUAGUGUCAAUGGGCCCCAGAGGACAUAGGACUAAAGCUCCCAGUACACGACACCAUUCGUCAUGCUGGUUAGACCUGAUGGGAGCUGGAUUUUGAUAAUAAAAAACUUACAGGGCUACACAAUUCACACCUCUGCUUUUCAGGAAAGCUUUCCCCUUGAAAACAAUAUAACACAAGGGAUCGUGUAACCUGGAUGCCACUCGUAGAAAUGCAUUGUGCUGUUGUGCGGCAUCAAGUAUUUUGUAUGUAUGAAGUGUUCAUAUGCAUGAUAAGGAGUUUUUGUGUGUCUCUAUGGCAACAUAAAGAACUCUCCAAGUCUCAAGUGUCUGAAUAUUCUUUUAAAAACAUCUUGGUUUACACUGUUUGUACAUAAAAGUUUAUGAACCUCUGUUUCGUGUAAACAAAUUGUCAUUAGCUGUUUAAGAACUUGUGAUCCAGGCAUUUCUACCUCAUAGGAGCCUAUGAGGAAUAACUAAUGUGAUACAGAAGAAUUAUUCUAAUGCUGUUUACGGUGGUAAAAAGAAUUAUACCUCCAUUGUUCAAAAUUCUUAAAAAUGUCAAAUUAGUAUUAAAGUGCUGUGUUAUUCCAA